AUGAAUUUUCGAACUAGUCGUCUGAUAAUUGUUCUAUUUGUCUUACUCCAACUAAUCGUCUGCUCCGAAAACCACAAAUUGAGUGAAAUUUUGAAAAAGAUUGGAAAACGGUAUAAUGGCAAUCCGGCUUUGGAAGAGAUGUUGGAUGAGCAUUCGACUACAGUAUCCUGGGUUACUGUAGCGUUUUCAAUGAAAACUUUUUCAGUUGAUUUGAAACAACUGAAAGCGUUCAAAAAUAGGUCAGACAAAGAGAUAAAUGAUCUGAAGGAUAAUGUUGCCGAAUCAUUUGCUCUUCAUGUUCUGGGACAGAGUUCCAUGAAAUUCAGAUGGAUUCGAAGUGCAUUUGCAUUGGCGUCGUUGAUGGAUGAGGAUAUGACUGCGGAAUUGUGUGGAACUGAUAUCAUUCUGAACAAAUAUCAAUUUCUUCAUUACUUAAGACGUGCUCGUAUCUCCAUAGAGCGUAUUACUGACGACACAAAGUAUUCUUAUGAAGUUUUACCCACAGAAAAAGAUGUUCUAAAUACAAUUAUUACUGUGGAUUUGACCUCGAAAUGGGGAUUUCCUGCACCUGUCAUUUGGAAUAUAACGGCUAAAUAUUCAGUGAGAAUCUGA